AUGGCCACAGUGGCACCAUCUCACUGCUCCUUCCCUUCAGGCAUAACAGCUGCUUUCUCCUGGACAAACACUUCCAUCAUGAAUGUUGCCAGGCCAAAAUCUGCCAAGGGACGUACCAGGCCAAGCUUCAGUUGCUCUCAGAGUGUCCUUGGCAAGGAGGCCUGUCCUUGCCAAGUGCCACCUUCCCCACCAGCAGCAGUUCCUCAAGAACUACGGAAGAUCAGGAGAGCAUUGUCUACCAAACCAGCAUUCACAGCCAGCCAGGUGUCUCUGGAGGAAAUCCCAGAGCUCCUGGAGCAAGUGCCUUUGAGGACCUCCUCUUCUCUCAACAAGUACAGGGUGCUCCCCUCCAUUGGCCAGAAGGGUGCUGUGGAAGCUCUGGCUGAACAGACCAACCGACUGGAAGUGAGUGAAGAGCAGGGUGGUGCUCCAAAACCCAAAACUCUUCCUGGAGAACAAAGAUCUACCAAAGUAUUGUCAGGGAGUUACAUUCCUGAUGAAGGCGGCUCAUAUGCUCAGUGUCCUCCAAAGAAGCUGAGAAGGAAAACAAGGCACGAGAGCCCUUUGAUGUCAACUUUAGUUUUGGAAGAGCCACCAAAAGAACAGUCGUAUUUGCUGCUUGCUGUUCGAUCUCCCACUGGUCAGAGAUUUGAACAUCAUUUCAAGCCCACCGACAGCCUCCAGUUGGUCCUUUCUGUGGCAGAACAGAAAAUGUCAGCCCAAUACAAACCCUGCAGCAUUGAAACGAUGGAGGUGCCCCGAAGGAGCUUCUCUGACCUUACCAUGUCUCUCCAUGAAUGUGGGAUUCUCCACAAAUCGAUGCUGUGCAUACGACAGGAGCAGGACAACGCAGACCUUUAGGCACAGUCAGGUGCUGCCACACCACUCUGGGCGCUUCUGUGGGUGGGAUGUGUUGGGUUUUUUUUUUCUUCUUAAAAAUUUAACUUCUGGUGUUUCCAGAAGGGAUGUGUGGCCAACUUCUUCAUCUUGCCAUCUUCCCAUAGCACUCCUUGA